CCCAUCAUUGGUGUCAGUGGGAGGAAUAGUGCCCCAUCAUUGGUGUCAGUGGGAGGAAUAGUGCCCCCGUCAUUGGUGUCAGUGGGAGGAAUAGUGCCCCACAUCAUUGGUGUCAGUGGGAGGAAUAGCGCCCCAUCAUUGGUGUCAGUGGGAGGAAUAGUGUCCCAUCAUUGGUGUCAGUGGGAGGAAUAGUGCCCCAUUAUUGAUGGCAGUGGGAGGAAUAGUGCCCCAUCAUUGGUGUCAGUGGGUGGAAUAGUGCCCCAUCAUUGGUGUCAGUGGGAGGAAUAGUGCCCCAUCAUUGGUGUCAGUGGGAGGAAAUAGUGCCCCAUCAUUGGUGUCAGUGGGGGAACA